AUGCCCGAGUUUGCUGAGGCAGACACGAUCCGCAUCCUGAUUGCGACGGACAAUCAUGUGGGAUACGAGGAGCGAGAUGCGAUCCGCAAAGACGACAGCUGGCGGACGUUUGACGAGAUCAUGACUCUGGCCCGCACAGAGGACGUCGACAUGGUGCUGCUUGCCGGCGACCUAUUCCACGACAACAAGCCUUCUCGAAAGUCCCUCUACCAGGUCAUGCGCACGCUCCGCAAGAACUGCCUGGGGAUGAAGCCAUGCCCGCUCGAGUUUCUCUCUGAUGCUGCCGAUGUCUUUGAGGGAGCCUUCCCCCACGUCAAUUACGAAGAUCCCGACAUAAAUAUCUCGAUCCCUGUCUUUUCUAUUCAUGGCAAUCACGAUGAUCCAUCUGGCGAUGGAAACUACUGUUCAUUGGAUUUACUGCAGGCGGCAGGCCUGCUAAACUACUACGGCAGAGUCGCCGAGGCGGAUAAUAUCCAGGCGAAGCCGAUUCUGCUACAAAAGGGCGAGACGAAGCUUGCGCUGUAUGGGCUGAGCAAUGUGCGUGAUGAGCGCAUGUUUAGGACAUUCCGAGACCACAAAGUCAAAUGGUUCCGCCCUGGCACGCAAACUGGCGAGUGGUUCAACCUGCUUGCUGUCCAUCAAAACCACCAUGCCCACACGGCCACGUCACAUUUACCGGAGAAUGUGCUUCCGGAUUGGCUUGAUCUAAUUGUCUGGGGGCAUGAACAUGAGUGUUUGAUCGAUCCCGCAAAGAAUCCAGAGACUGGCUUCCAUGUGAUGCAGCCGGGGUCGUCGGUAGCGACUUCAUUAGUACCGGGAGAGGCUGUCCAGAAGCAUGUCGCGGUGCUGAGCGUCAAUAACAAGACAUUUAAAGUCGACAAGUUCCCCCUCAAAACGGUUCGACCAUUUGUUACAAGGGAAAUUGUUCUCUCUCAAGACAAACGUUUCCGAGGAUUAGACACAAAAAAGGACAAUCGACAUGAGGUUACGAAACGGUUAAUGGAGGUGAUUGAGGAAAUGAUUGCAGAGGCAAACGCAGACUGGGAGGCUAUUCAGACAGAUGAUGAGGCGUUGGAAGAUCGACCUCUACCCCUUAUCCGCUUAAAAGUUGAGUAUACCGCUCCAGAGGGCGGCCAAUUCGACUGUGAGAAUCCACAACGGCUUUCAAACCGAUUUGUGGGCAGAGUUGCCAACACCAACGAUGUGGUUUACUAUUACAGAAAGAAGAAGGCCUCCAGCAAAAAUACGCAGGCGAACACACUAGAGGUUCUUGAAUCCCUCGGGGGUGAUUCAGCCGAGACGAUCAAAGUGGAAAAUCUCGUCAAUCAGUUUCUUUCGGCGCAAUCUCUCAAAGUGCUCCCACAAGGUCCCUUUGGCGAAGCGGUCAAUCAGUUCGUUUCCAAGGACGAUAAACACGCUAUGGAGCUUUUUGUAUCAGAACACUUGUCUGGACAGGUCAGACAGAUGCUGGGUCUCGAACCUGGCGAUGAGGACCUAAACAACGCCAUGGAGACUUACAAGCAGAGAGUAGAGCAGCGGAUGGCUACCGCCGGUAGCUUGGGGAAAAUGGCACAAGGCGAACGAAAGAGGAUACUGAAGCCCAAGCCAGACGGAUGGGAUUCGGACUUUGAUGGUAACUGGGAGAACGAACCUGGUGCGUGGGUAUACGAAGAUGACGCGCCGCCAAGCCUGCAAGCUACCGGUUCAUCGCAAAAAGCACAGUCUAGAGAUGAUGAAAUGCUAGAUUUGGAUGAUGAGCCACCGGCAGCAAAGCCGAAGAGAGCUCCUGCACGAGCGACAAAGGCUGCGCCGACUAAGAAGGCUGCUGCGGCUAAAAAACCGCCCGCUCGGCGUGGCCGAAAGCCUUUUGAGGACAGCGAGGAGGAGGAGGAGCCGCCAGAGGAAGACGUAGUGAUGGAUUCAGAUGGAAUAGAGGCUCCCUCACCACCUAAACCAGCUGCAAGAACGACUAGGCGCGGACAGAAUGCGAAGAGUACAGCCGCUGCUAGCAAACCUGCGGCAACAAAGAAGACGGCAGCGAGAGGUGCCGCGGCGGCCAAGACGCGGCAGACAAAGCUCAAUUUUUCACAGGGAGCGACGCAGGAUAAGGCGGUUGAGAUUAGCGAUGACGAAAUAUCGGACGAUGAUGCAUUUGAACCGGCGCCGGUAGCGAGUCGGACGAGAAGAAAGUGA